UCGAGCCUCCAGUCGGGAUGGGGCCGACCAGAUGCGGCAAGGGCGCCCGCCUGAGCCCCCGUUGCGUUACAGUAUCAAGAUGACAAUGAUGGAGUUGAGAUGUAAUCUACCUUGUGUACAUCGUGCGCACUUGGUAAUGGAAAUCAUCACUCCUGUUUUCCUUUACAGAAAUGGUAUCGUCGAGGGGAAAUGAAAAGAGAAAAUAACAGUAGAAUGUAAGCCUGUUCUGAGGACUGCUUGCGGCGUUUUCUGCAAUUGUAAAAUAUUCAUUCACGGGAGUCUGUAAAACGUUACCGACAGGAGAGCCUUACCUAGCCCCUGAUUAUUCAUCUGAGUCUCGAUUUCCUCCUCCGCCUCAAAUAAAUUUUAAUAAAGUUCAAAGUUUACUUUCACUUCGCCUGAAUCGAAACUCGAGCCUAACUUGUCAGGCGAGCGUGUGGGUGCAGUCAUUCAGCCCGCACUGCGCUGGAGAACAACAGCUCAAGCGACAGCUGCGCUUCUGCAGAACAGUGGAAGAUGCCUUUGAUGUAAAGGGGUCCCAUCCAAGAACAUGUCCAGUAAGGGAGGUCAGCAAAGGCCGCCCCCUCGGUCCGGCGGGGCCGUUCCGAAACAGCGGCACAGCAGCAGAGCCCGGGGGAGGCCCCUCCACUCCACAGAGUCCCCUCCAGUGUCCAGCGGCGCCCAGCCUGGGCCGCAGCAGCGGAGUGGCUCCUCCAGGAGGGACAGUCACCCUCGCUCACAAGGGGCAGGGAGAGAUCGCGAGCCGCACAGCGCAACUCUCAAGGAGACGCACGAUGGAGACAGCAGCCGAGGCAGCCAGUCGGAAGACAGAAGGGGCGGCCGGUCUGCGUCUCGAGGGAGAGCCAGUGAGGGCACUGCUGGGCCUCGCUGGAGGCGUGACCACAGUGCCGGCAGGGGGCGUUUUCCACAGAUGCCACAGCCCCUCAGCGUGGUGAAGAAUCCAAUGGCCAUGAUGUCUUAUUGGGCCUUGGGUGGCUCGUGCAAGGCUGCUCAAGACAGGGGAAGGCCACUCAGACUAGUUAAUCAGCAUGGCUCGCAGAGAGGUCACCAACAUCUCUCCCAAGGAAGAAGAGUCUCCACUGAACCCAGGGAAUCUGGACUCAAGCUGUUCACAGACCGCAGGCCUCAGAGUCUUUCCAGAAGUCAGAACGCAACAUGUAAAGAUUCUGUCCCUGCAAGUGAGAGACAUGGCACACAAAUGCUGUCUGGAAAGAGAGUCAAAAGUAUACCCAACCUGCUGGAGAUCAGCUGUCAUCCAGAGGACCACAAGCAAAGAUGGCGAAGUGAGGAGAAGUCCAACAGAGCAAGACAGAGUCCCCAUGUUAUUUGUUUAGACUACGAGUCUCUACAAAAGAUUUUAGAGAAGGAUUCAUCCGAAAUAGUCAUGGUGCUGGCAGCUCCAAGAAGUGGUUUGAAGGAACUUUUAGACAAGGAAGACACCACUGAUGAUCUCAUUUCCAUUGCUCUUGAGGUCCUCAGUAAAGUGUGCACCAAUAAGACCAACAGGCAAAAUCUGCAGCAUCUUCUUAUUGAUGUCAAAGAAUCUCAGUUUCUGAAGAAGAUCCUACCUAUGUUUGUACUGAGGGUGAGCAGACAUACUGACCCAGAUAAAAGAACACAGAGUCUUGUUAAGCUCGACCAAAUCCUGGCCCUCCUCCUCACAUUAAUUAGUGUAUUCCCUGCUAGUGCAGUCAUCGAUGUGUCAUUUAUCACCACUCUCGUGGAGAGUGAAAUCCAUCACCUGCAGUCCACAGGAAUCACUGUUCUAGAGCAAACAGAGAACAGUUUAAGGUCCCUUCAGGAAAUCAUAGACCAUCUGCAAGAGAGAAAACGAGAAGGGACACUCAGAUCAGACAACUAUACCUUCUUAAUGGGAAAUGAGGCUGAACCAGGUGUUAAGAACUACAGACAGAUGUCUAUCUUUCCCAUGUAUGAAGACAUACAUACAACUGAUAAACCAUUCAUGAGGCCUAACAUUAUUGGUAAGAAAUUUGAAGAUGGCAACACCUACCUUGAUACUCAUUUCCGUCUCCUGAGGGAGGACUUUGUGAGGCCUCUCAGAGAUGGGAUCACCCAGCUUCUGAAGUUUGAAGGGACAGACUUGCGUCGGGGGAGGUUUGAUGACAUUCGCAUCUAUUUCAAUACCCGUAUUCUUUCCCCAAUCUGUACGCCUAAGGGGAUUCUCCACAGGGUGCAGUUCGAAACUCACAAUUUAAAAGGUGUCAACUGGGAGAACUCGAAACGGCUCUUGUUCGGAGCACUGCUGUGCCUCUCCAAGGAUGACUUUGAAACAAUGAUUUUUGCCACUGUGGCCAAUCGAGACAUGAAAGAUCUAGUGAAGGGCAUUACGACUCUAAACUUCACUGAAGAAGGAAGAUUGAAGCUAUGUGACGUUUCUCAGAGUGAUACUUUCUUAAUGAUUGAGACAACUGCGUUUUUCGAAGCCUAUCGUCACGUGCUUAAAGGCCUACAAGAGAUGGCUACUGAGGAACUACCAAUGCAAAAGUACAUAGUAGACUGUGAUGCUGAAAUCUCGGCUCCAAAGUAUUUGAUGGGACAACAGCAUAGUUACAGCCUCCAAGCCCUGAAGACUGAUCAGCCUCUCGUACCACAGCAGUGUGCUAAGACUCCAAAUAUUCAGAAGCCUGAUGACUCUGGCGGGACAUGUAGCAGUGAGAAUAAAUCAGAUGCUGCCAUUUUGGGCAAACACAGUUUAAGGGGCCUACAGUUUAAUGAUAAAGAAGAGGCAGACAUACUGAAUUUCAGUCAUUGGCCCAGUAAGGAGGAGCUGCAUCUGGAUGACUCUCAGAUGAAGGCGUUGCAGAUGGCCCUGACGAAAGAGCUUGCCAUCAUCCAAGGCCCCCCAGGAACAGGCAAGACGUUUGUGGGUCUCAAGAUCGUCAAGGCCCUUCUGGCGAACUCCCACCUCUGGCGCUCUGGAGACAGCUGUCCUAUUCUGGUCGUCUGCUACACAAACCACGCGCUCGAUCAGUUUCUGGAAGGAAUUUACAAGAUUUUUAGAGGUCGCAGAGGACUAGUCAGAGUGGGAGGAAGAUGCACCAGUGAGAUCCUCAAUGAUUUUUCUUUGAAUAAUCUGCGGAAAGCUAAUAAUUUUAAACAGAACCUUCCUGGACAUUUGCGAGCAAUGUUUGCACAGCUCACAGAUGAGAGGAAAGACAAAGAGCAGCUCAUUGGGAUGAUGGCAGCUCUGCUUGAAAGCUCCUCCAAGGGAGUGGUGCAUGAAAGUGUCCUCGAAGAUUAUAUUGUCACUCUUCAUGGGACCACCCUGGGGAAAGCAAAGGGUGUCUCAGGCAGGAAACAACGGUCACUGAUGCUAGAAUGGCUUGGAAUUUCCAUGCUGAGCAAUUCUUUGAGCCAAAUGGAAAUCCCAGACCUUCCCGAUCGUGCAUCUGUGGAGGAGGACGACAACAAUGAGAGGAUGAGUGAAACGCGGAGUGAGCUCGGAGGGUCCGAGGAACUGGAAGCUUCCUCUCAGGAAGCCACAGGUUUUGAUGAUUUGGAAAGCACUGACCCAGAAAAUCUCUAUCAGUCUGAAGGCGAAGAAGCUGAACCUGAAGAUGAGAAUAAUACUGAAGACGAGAUAGACGAAGAUGAAGUUGGUUCAUUGCCAGAUGAGAUGAGCUCUUCUGACAAAGACGUGGAAAACGCAGCAAAAGUCAUGGAGCUGGCAGACGCCAUCAAACAAGAAGACAGCAUGAGUGAUGUUGCCAGCGUGACUACAGAAGGGGAUGAGGCUGCAUCUGACCUAAUCCAAGUCACCGAAGAGGCUGACCUGGUUCAGGCUGAGAGAAUGAUGGAGGGGGAUGACGUGCAGAAGCACAUCCAGCAUGCUCAGAAGAGAGUGGCCAGGACGCAGCAGGAGCUUCUUGUAUACAUCCCUGCAGAGCAGGAGGGUCCCGAGGAAGAGAACAAUGAAGAAGCCCAUGAUGAGGAAUGGCAGAUAACAAAAGAGAUGAAGAAAAAGCUGAAACAAGUUGUAAAGCAGGAGAUUCAGAAAACUGAAUAUAUGCUGGAGGAAGAAGCUGCUCAGAUCGCUGACCUUUGGGCACUGUCAUACAGACAGCGCUGGAGCCUAUACCGGCUCUGGCUUCACAAAUACCGAUGUGACUUACGGGUCAGAGUUCUAGAGGACGAAAAACAGUAUCAAAGGAUAGUGAACCGCAUUGAUGAGCUGCGAAACCUGGAGGACGAGUCCAUCCUGAAGACGGCCAGCGUCAUCGGAAUGACCACCACCUGUGCAGCCCGAUACAGGAAAGUCUUACAGGACAUCAAGCCCAAGAUUGUCAUUGUCGAGGAGGCAGCGGAGGUGCUGGAAGCUCACAUAGUGACAACACUAACCCCCGCAUGUGAGCACCUCAUUUUAAUUGGGGACCACCAGCAGCUUCGUCCAAGUGCUACAGUGUACGAAUUGGCAACAAAUUUCAACCUGGAAGUGUCCCUGUUUGAGAGGCUCAUCAGAAUGGAUGUACCGUUUGUUAGGCUUGACUAUCAGCAUCGUAUGCGUCCCGAAAUCGCCCAGCUGUUAACUCCACACAUCUAUGACAAGCUUGAAAACCACAUGUCAGUCAACCUGUACGACAAUAUCAAGGGUGUCACCACAAAUGUCUUCUUUCUGGAGCACAAACACCUGGAAGAAAACAUCCACGAAGGUCGAAGCCAUCAGAACCUUCAUGAAGCAAAAUUUGUGAAGUCACUUUGUUAUUACUUUAUCUGUCAGGGGUAUAAGCCUUCUCAGAUAACAGUUCUGACAACAUACACAGGGCAGCUGCACUGUUUGAAGAAGCAGAUGCCCAAGACAAAAUUUGAUGGAGUCAAGCUGUGUGUGGUUGACCGUUACCAGGGAGAGGAAAAUGAUAUUAUUAUACUUUCGUUGGUCAGGAGUAACCUGGAAGGGAAAGUUGGUUUUCUGAAAAUACCCAACAGAGUGUGUGUUGCCCUCUCGAGGGCAAAGAAAGGCUUGUUCUGUAUUGGCAACAUGUCCAUGCUUUCCAGGGUUCCUCUGUGGAGCAAAAUCAUGAAUGUUUUGAGCAACAAUGGUCAAAUCGGUGAAGCCUUAAUGCUGCGCUGUGAGAAUCACCCUAAAACAAUUACUUUUGUGUCUGACGAAGAGGAUUUCAGCAGGGUGCCCCUGGGUGGAUGCUCGCUGCCCUGUGAGUACCGUCUGAACUGUGGCCAUGUCUGUACCAGGCUUUGCCAUCCAAGCGAUUUGGAGCACAAGGAAUUUAGAUGCGUGAAGCCUUGUGAAAAAACUCUGUGUGAGGUUGGGCACAGAUGCCCCAAAAGAUGCUUUGAAAAAUGCGGUGCGUGUCAGGUGAUAGUCACCAAGACGAUCCCAAGUUGCGGGCACAAGCAGGAGGUGCCCUGCUCAGUGCCCCCGGACCAGUUUACCUGUCACAUUCCCUGUGAUAAGAGCCUGCCAUGUGGCCACCCUUGUGUCCGUGAGUGUGGCUCCCCCUGCACUCACAACUGCCCGCAGUUGGUGACAGCUGACCUGGACUGUGGCCACCAGAAGAAAACUCAGUGCUGGAAGAAGAGGGAGGCCGAAGAAAAGAACAAAAGGAUCACAUGCUGGGUGAAAUGCGAUGCACAGCUGGACUGCGGCCACGCGUGCUCCGGAAACUGCACGGAGUGCUCCCGUGGAACGUCGCACAUUCCCUGCCACUUGCGUUGUGGAGAACGAUUGAUCUGCUCCCACAGAUGUCCAGGGAAGUGUCUGACAGAAUGCGUGCCUUGUGCCGAGUCCUGUGAAACCAGGUGUUACCAUGGGAGUUGUAAUAAGAUAUGCUCGGCGCCAUGUUGGCCUUGCAGAAAGAAAUGCGGCUGGGGCUGCAAACACUGCCGCUGCACGAGGCUGUGUUUCGAACCCUGCAACAGGCAGCCGUGUCUCAAACAUUGUUCCAAGAAGCUGAGAUGUGGCCACAGAUGCAUCGGCAUGUGCGGAGAGCCAUGCCCGGAGAAGUGCCGCGUGUGCAACCCCGAGGAAGUGCAAGAGGUGUUCUUCGGGAAGGAGGCCGAGCCCAGUGCCCGCUUCGUACAGCUGAUGGACUGUCGCCACAUGUUCGAGGUGACGGGCUUUGAUGCCUGGAUGAUGCAGGCUGAAGAGGACGAGGUCAUUCAGCUGAAGGCUUGCCCCAAAUGCCAAACUCCCAUCCGCAGGAGUGUACGGUACGGCCCCAUUGUCAAAAGAAUGCUGAUGGAUAUAGAGACUGUGAAAAGGAAGAUAUCAGAGAUGUGUACAGAGCAAACCCUGAGUUCACUGAGACAAAGAGAGGGUCUCGGUAUACAUGUACCACAGAUCCAGGACCUGUUGUCCAAUUUAAAGAAUCCUGAAAUAGACCUUCACAGUAAAGUCUUUUACAGCAAACAGAUCAUUCUUCAUACAAAGCUGGCCGAAUUAAAACACAAUGUUCAGGUGACCUUGCCAAGUAGAAUCCUUCAGUUCAAAGUCAAAAUGCAGAUAGACCAAUGUAAUGAGAUUAUCUCCAAAGGGGAACGUGACAUGACUGAAUAUGAAAGGGAAAUCAAAAGGAUUUCUCUCCUGGCGGAGGCCUACACCAUAUCUCACAUGCGUAACAAAUUUCAGACUUCAUUAUUGUUGUUUCCACAACAUGGGGAACUGGAGGAAAUAAUCAACCGACUCAAAGAAAGUGUGAUGAUGCUUAAAGAAGAAGAAAUUAAAAAUCUGAGAAUAAAGCUUGACAGCAUUGCAAAGAUGCUGCAUCUGCAUGUGAAAGACAAGAUGUUGGAUGAGACAGGGUAUACUGUGAUUGAUUGUACUAUUUUUAAACAGCAUCACUGGCGCAAGUGUGGUAGAGGGCACAUUUACUUCACCAAGGAGAUUGAAAUGCAAAUGAGAAGGUGCCCUGAGUGUGAAGCACAAUAGCCAGUAACUGACCAGUGUUGCACCUUGUGAAGAUCUGGUUGUAAAAUGAAAUUCAGACACCUGUAGCAUUAAUAUCACAGUGCAAAAGGUACAGCAAAAGUCCUUAUUGUCGUUUCAAUAAGGUGUUUGACGACACAAUACUUAAAAUAAGUCAACUUUGCCCAACACGUUCUCCCAUUUAUUUUCACAAUGAGAACCAAGGAAAAGCUGUAAUAUCCCAUAUAAGAGUGGUUAUAAUAAUGUGCUUCAUUUGUGUUUAGCUUCUUGUGUCUGUAGGGAGCAGAGGGGAAAUUGAUUACUAGUAUUAUGGUUUGGUACCUGAUAUUUGUCAGGACACUGUUAACAGUUACUUCGUUUGUCUGACUUGAUGAAUGUUGUUGUGUAAGUACUAACUGCUCAAUUUCUAAUGCAAGUGUUAGCCAACAAUACACAUUAUCAUGCACAAGGCUUUGGAUUAACGGUAAAAAUGAUGUUCAAAGAGAAUUUUGAAUACAUCUUUUAUUUGACUGUUAGUGUUAAUUUUCCAUUAUCCAUUAAUUCUUUAACAUCUUUUGAGUUCCCAUUAUUUACUAUGUGAUUUAUAUUAUGAACAUAUUUUCAUUAUAUAUUGCUUUGUAUUGAUAAAAUUUAAAGUAAAUUAAAAAUAAAUAAAAUAAAAAGUUAAUUUUGUUACGUAUUAUAAUUGUGUAGACAGAAAUCAUUAUAGCAAUGUAAUUUGCAUUUCCCUUGACUGAGAGUGAUUAUUUUUGGUUUUUAGACAUCCUAAAUCUGAAAAGUGUUUGUCUUUUAACUUGUUUCUUCAAUCUAAAUUGUUUCCAACAACUUCAACACACAGACCUGUACACAGUCUCCUCUCUCCUCCUGGCCAUUAGCUAGCUCCUGCUGGUUAACCAACUGAUGACGAGCAGACACAGGCGGGCGGGGGUGACGCUAUAUCCAACAUGCCCAUAAUUACUUUCUUUCCUACAGAGAUCCAUUUUCAAGAAAAACCUGAAAGAGGGCAGUUAAAAUAUUCAAAUAUUGGUACAGGGCUAAUUCCAAUUGAAAAUCCCCUAUGACCGUAGUCAAUGUACAGAUAUGACCCAGAUCGAGAACUGAAAUCACUCAUCCCACAAUUAAGCGCUCAGCUGGAGCAGAAACCAGGUGCCAGUGUUCCUCCAGGACCAGGGCUGGAAGCUACUGGUAUAUCUCUCACACAGAGACCUGACAGCAGCAGGACACGUCAGCUUGUGCUGCGAUCAGGGCACAUGUUCCCCAAGUGGGCGCUCAAGGGGUAGCUUGAAGUGUGUGAAGCCCCAGCCUCAGUGGAGACCUUUAAUAUUGACUCUUUGUCCUGGAGGGCUGCUGUCCUGUCUGUUCAGGUCUUCAUUCCACUCUGAACUUUUAACAACUUGUCAAUCAGAUUGUUCUUUUACGACCACUGAUAACGUCUGGCUUCCUGAGGUUUAAGGAAAGAUCUAUAAAACCUGUCUGCUGAAAUGGGUUCCAGUGUGUGACAGUUCUCAGAGAAGCCAGCAGGAAAUUAGGGCUCUGUCGUUGCUGCCUGAUAACAGGAUGAUUGUGCAGUUCAAGAGAGAAAAACAAAAACAGCAGUCAUUCAUGUGACACCUGAAGCCAACACAACACGCUCUGUGUGGUUUGUGCUAAAUGAGGGAUCACUCUGGACUCAGGUGAUGAAGCUGUAAGAAAUAGCAAGGGGUACUCUGGUCUCUACCAGUACCAGAGACUCUGUCAGACAAUGCAACUACGUAAGGCCAAACUAAGCCUUAGCAGCGCUCCUUUCGGAAGAUACGCUCGAUUUCGUCCUCUCUCACCGGAGCUCGGGAGCUUUGCCGUCACGCAGACGCAGAGCCCUUGUGCAGUCGCCUCCCGGCCAGCAGGGGGCGGCAGCCCGGAGUCCUGGCCCACGGCGCCCGCGGUGCGCUCUUGCCGGGAGUGCGGGCUGUGGGGGCGGGGCGAAGCGUGGGGAGGGCGGAAGGGCUGGCAGGAGAGCGCCUGGCCGUGUUUAUGUUUCUUGGGGUCUGAAACUCGAAGCGGAUGGGCGAGCAGGGGGGUGGCAUGGCUUGGAGAUGACACGGUGAUGAAAGGGGG